GCCAUUGAUAUGACGGGUUUAGUGCCACGUUGGCAGUUUGGCCGACGCCUUCGUUUUGUGUUCACUUUAUUUCUUCGAUUAAGAAUCAUUAACAUUAAAAAAAAAGAGAAAAAUGUGUGCUUAAUAAUUAUGAUUAUCAUAGAGAGAAAUUAAAUUAAUUAUAUCGAAAUUAUAUUGCGUGGAUAAAGAAAACAAAAAGAGCAUUGAAAUAAUAAGCGCGAACAAAGUGUUUUGGAGUAUAUGAAAGAAUACAAGAAGAUUGAAUCAGAAAAGUAAGGGAGAGAAGAGAGGGAAAAGUACAGAUAGCAGCAGACACAGAAAAAAAAGAAGAAUAGAACUAUUCGAAAGUCCCUCCUACCUCUUUGUCACUAUCUCUCUCUCUCUCUCUCUCUCUCUCUCUCUCUCUCUCUCUCUCUUUUCCGCAACGCGAAUAUAAAGAUAUUUCUUUCCUACUCCCCUCUACCUUGAAUUCACACACAUUGUAAAAUCCAAUUCUGACAAGCAAAGGAGUAUCCGUCCCCUCUACUAGACUUUUACCGGAGCUCAGUAGUCUACUUUCGUACUUGAUAGUGUUCGUUCGUAUUAUACACGAGUUUUACGUGACAUAGCUUGGAAAACACGCGGAUCUUUUCUUCAUCGAAGAAUCAACCGGUCGGAUAUUAUUUAAGUUUUUCUUUCAUGAAGAAGAAAUUUAAUUAGAAGAAUUUUGUUUUCUUUUAUUUUGCUGUUUUUUUUCUUUCGCAUUAAAGCGUGUAUUGCGCAUAUGCGUGUGUGGUUUGCGUGUACGCACGCGUGUCGUGCGUUAAAAUAAUCUUCUGGAAAAAAGAAGAAAAAUAAAGACAGAUAAAUUUCGAUUAUAUCGAAAAAAAAAAGCAAAAAGUGCAGUUAUGUCGUCACCCUCGGUCUCGGAUAUAAACUUUAUGGAUUUGCUGUUUUCUCCCGAAGAUCCGAACUUCCUUAAAGAAGUUAAGGAUGAACCUUUCGUCGAUCCAAAUUAUAACGACGACGCCAUCACGACGGAAGAAUGGUCAACGAAUCCAGACGAGCUUUUGGAAUCGUUUUUCAAAUUAGAAGAUAGUCAAUUCAACCUAAUCGAGAACAAUUUAGAUGUAACUCCAUCUUCCUCGUCGGACAGUGGACUUUCCAGUGCUCUGAGCCUUUCUUGCGAGCAACAAUUGAGUCCUAUUUUACCGAUCGAAGAAGACCAAAUUGAAAUCUCCAAUUCAGACUCGUGCAGUCCCCAAAAUUUUAUGGAAUUCGAUCCACUAGGAAGUCCAAAUCAAUCAAUGGGUAGUAUCAACAGUCCUAUAAGAUCAGUUGUUAGCUCGACUAUCGGUUCACCAGUCACGGAUGUUAAUGAAGAAGUAGAUUUCGAACCAACCCUUGUUGCUGUUGUAAAUCCUAAUAAUACUGUUCCUGAUUCUACUACUGUCAUAACGACGGAUCAACAACCAACAGUUAAUAUAGAAACGCAAAUUAAACAUGAGGAACGUAUGACGUCUCCGGAGAAAACCGUUAAAGUUCGCAAUCUCACAUGUGUCGGAAAGAGAAACAUAAGGCAGCUAAUUCGCGUGACACCAAUGGGCUCAGGUAACCCUAGGUCGAUUUUAUUACCUGUUAGCUUAAAGGACAUGAAGGAAGUACGAACAAUAAAGAUUAUAAAUGCAUCACAAGCAAGAAAUUUGAAAGGUUUCAAGAUUAAUCAAGCGAAUAUCAUUAAUAAACCUGUUCAGAUGACUAUCAAACAAGAGGAUUCCAGCAGCGACAAGGGUUGCAUUUCGAGUGACGAAAUUUCCGAAACAGACUCACCUUAUCCAAGAUUAAAGUUAAAUUCCGAAGAAAAACGUCUUUUACAAAAGGAAGGAAUAACGUUACCGACUCAUUAUCCACUCACGAAACACGAGGAACGCGAAUUAAAGAGGAUCAGACGUAAAAUUCGCAACAAAAUAUCAGCUCAAGAUUCGCGCAAAAGAAAAAAGGAAUACGUGGAUGGAUUGGAGGAUCGUGUGAAACAGUGCACGGAAGAAAAUAUGACCUUGCUCAAACGUAUCAAAGCACUACAAUCUCAAAAUCAGAGUCUAGCAGGUCAACUUAAAAGACUCCAUACGUUAAUACAGAAAAGCAACAAGAGUGCUCAACCAGCGACUUGUUUGAUGGUCUUACUACUUUCGUUGGCUCUCGUAGCUGUGCCGAAUCUUCGACCACACUCCAAUUCCAAUAAUGAUAUAACGAAGGAGCAAGAGCAACCUGAAAAAAUGCCACCUCUUGCAGGUCGUUCGAGGGCACUCCUUUAUACGAAACAAAUAAAAGAUGAAGAGCUGCAACAAUAUAGCGAGGAGUUAUUGCAGGAAGUUGAAGGUCUUUUGGAUCACGAUUACAGUCCCGUGGUCCACAUGCCCCCUUACAAACGUCCUCGUAUUGAGAACGAAGCAAACAAUCAGAAGUUCGCAGCUUCAUCGGAUCAAGUUGGUGGGUUAUUAAGUGGUCUACUGGGUAACCACGAAAUGCCGUUUAUGAAACCCAGCAAUCGACAAUAUAUCGAACCACCAUUAGAUGACGUUUGGCCACCACCGAAUCCUGGUGGGAAAGCUGAACCAAAAGUAGUCGAUAAGCUUGAAGCUUUGACCAAUGAACUCAAAAUUAAUAUUUCGGAUUUGGAAGGUACCAGAACCGUCCUCGUGAAAGUACCUCAUGAACAAUGAGGUUACUAUCUUUCUUUCUUUUCCUUCAUUUCUAAAAGCAACAACAACUACUAUUACUAAAGAAUUACCGUUGUGAAAUCAAACGAUCAUGAAAGAACACGUUUCUCACCAGUUUCGCCGUGACUUUCAAAUUUCUUAUCGUGACGAUUUCUAAAUGUGAAUUUAGAAAUAAUGCAUCAAUGCACGAAACAUACAUCGAUAUCUUUAAGAGUCAAAUUUAACGUUUAGUAACAAAUUGAGAGAUAGUAGAUAAUUGAUAAAUUAAUUUCUAUAAAUACAAUUUUUUUGUUUAUUUUUAAUUAAAUGUUUAUAAUAUAAAAAGAUCGAUAGUGGAAUAAUAUUAUAGCAUCAUCCGAUAUAUGAUAGUUUUAAUAUUCAUAUAGGAGAUUAAUAAGUAUGUUAACUAUCGGUAGGACUGUUGAAACAAUAUUGUAAUUGUUUCGGAAAAAAAAAAAUCACAUUAUCAAUUCUUAUCAUGUUAAUGGAAGCUUUGGUGUUGCCCAAUUGUGGAUAAAACUACAAAGUUAAAUUUUAUCGUCAGUGAUAAAAUAAGUUUUACUAUACAAUUACAUUUAGAAUAAAUAUCAUUAGGAAAAUAUUGUAAAUUUUUAUUCUUAAGAAUGAAAGAUUUCUUCGUUAUAUUAUAAGUCGACAAUUCGAGCAGCAAAUUUUUGUUUAGUUAAAGGGUCAAAAGAAUAAUAUCAAUGUUUAAUAAAAAAUUGUUCUACUCGUCUUAUAUUACAUUUAUCAAAUUAAUAAUUAGCAAUCAAUCAUGCAAAUUGCAAACAAAUGAAUUGAACACCAAUAAAUAUCUUUCGUGUUUACAUAUACUUAAGAAUGACCAUAUAGAUUAUGUUAUAAGUAAAGUACUCUUUUAUAUCUAUAAUUCAUUACAUAAUAAGCAUUCAUCAAAAAGAAUCAAGUAGCCUUUUCCGUCGAAACAUCAAAUAUUUAAAGUUAGUCUUAAAACAAACUAUAUCUAUUAAUUAUAACCUCCUUAGAUAAUGUAUAGAGUGCUUUUAUUCGUCGAAUAUUGUAUGGAUGGUUUAAAGUUAAUCGGACUAUUGCAACGAUUAAUAUUGUUAUCAUAGACCUUACUACGAUUUUUGUAAAUAUUUGCAAUUGUAGAGUAUAUGAGUGAUAAAGGUAUAUACAUAUAUAUGUGUAUACAUAUACAUAUACACAUAUACAUAUAUAUUAAUAUUAACAUUAUUAUAUGAUUAUAUUAUUAUAUUAUACAGCUUUAAAAAUUACUUUUUACAAAAAUACAAUUUGUAAUUUCAUGUACGUUAUUGUGGAAAGAAAACUAUUUACAAUUGUGUAUGGUAGAAAACAUAGUGUGCAAUCACACACAAAUAACGUAUCGGCGCAUAGUCUUACAAUAUAUAUUUUAUUUGUUAUAAAAAUAUUUAAAAUAACAAGAAAGAAAGAUAGGAAAUAAAAAUUGUUUUUCAAAGGUAAAAAAUUGUAGAGUGAAAAACUAUUCACUCGUUAGUUAGGUUUUCAAUAUAUACAUACAAUAUAUACAAUACAAGUAUAUACAAUAUAUACAAAAAAGAGUUCAAUAAAUAAAAGUUAAUAGCUAAGCAUGUAUUUUGCUCCAAGUACUAAGACUGUAUCGUGUAAAUCGCAUACUGAUAAUCUUUACUUCAAGAUAUAUAUAUAUAUAUAUAUAUA